AUGGAUCUCUCCACCCCAGUUGAUAGCAACUUUACGACGGCACUGCCAAAGGUUGAGACUACGACUGACAACGUGCUGACCCAGCAACCUAGCUUCUUCCACGUCUUCUCGAGACUCAUCUACCAGCUCUGCGACGACCUGGACAGUCUCGCGUACGCCACCAACUCCGUCCUCGAGGACUUCCUCACCGAUGGAGUCCGAUACCUCGAGCUGCGAACAAUUCCACGCGCAUCGCCAAGCUCCAACAUAACCAGAGAAGCGUAUCUCACCACAGUCCUCGACACCAUCGCACAGUUCCGCUCAAGAUCAACCCAAAUGUCCGUUUACCUGAUCCUCGCCCUCGACCGCGGCAAAACAACCCCCGCCGAGGCCCUCGAAAUCAUCAACCUCGCCAUCGCCAACAAGCCGCGCGGGGUCGUGGGCGUCGAUCUGUGCGGCAACCCGACGCAAGGCGAUGUCACGAUCUACCGAGAUGCGUUCGCCCGGGCCAAGGCCCACGGGCUCGGCGUCACGCUACACUUUGCCGAGACACCGACUUCAGGAGCACCGAGUGAGCUGGACGCCCUGCUUUCCUUCCAGCCAGACCGGCUGGGCCACGUCAUCCACGUGCCAAAUGAUGUGAAGCAGGAGAUUGCGAGGCGAAAGCUUGGGCUGGAGCUGUGCAUGUCGUGUAAUGUGCAUGCGAAGUUGAUCAAUGGAGGCUUCUUGGACCAUCAUUUCGGGGAGUGGAGGCAGACAGACUGUCCGAUUGCGUUGUGUACGGAUGAUGUGGGCUUCUUUUGCAGUUCUGUCUCGAACGAGUACCUCCUUGCGGCUGAGCACUUUGGUGUUGGCCGUGCUGAGAUGCUGCGUAUGUGCGCGAAGUCGGUGGAUAUGAUAUUUGGGGGAGAACAGGAGAAGAAGAGGCUUCGUGAGAUUCUGAGGCGUUUCGAAGAGGAAAGAGCGACAGUGGGUUAG